UACGGGUGCCCACGUGUUUUGGACAACCAGGCACGUUGGAGAGGCACACACGGAGACUGGGGCGCACCGGAGACAGAGAGCAGGAAUUGCAGAGGCAGAGGCGCACGGGCGCACGGUCGAUUUUCGCGCUCCCGCAUACCGGGGGAGUCCCGCGUCUGUCCCCGAAACCGGAGCGCAGGCUUUUUAACGGGGCUUUCGGGUGCAGACGCUGAUAUUGAGCCAGAGGAGGAGCGGCUUUUAAAAGGUUUAAGUGGGAGGACGGUGGUGGUCCAGCCGGGGCGCAGCGGAGGAACUCUAGAUGAAGCGGGGGACACGCCGCUCGGUGACGGCUGCUGACGGCUCCGGUGAACCGGGCGAGAAGAGGGACUGAGCCCUGCGCCAGCCUGGCAGCCUGGCAGCCCGCGUUGACACCCCGCUAAACAAGCUCCGCCGCGCUCUGCUUUACACCAGGGGCAACCAUGGGCAGAAGACAGAGCCAGGGAGAAGAGAGAGAAAAGUCUGUGAGCUCUCCACUGCAGUAUUGAUGACCCAAUGAUCCCCUGCAGAACAGAGCCAGUCAGGCAGACCGAGUCAGGCUCGCCUCAGAAUCAAAAAUCAGCGCCACGGCCGUUUGGUCCGAGCAACCGACUGAGUGGGGUAUGAAUGGUGUAAAAAUCUUCUGCCCCUACAAGCUGUUGAAAGUUUCAUACAGAGAUAGCUGAAACCAUCUCUUCACAUCCUGCGUCACAACCUGCAGAACUGUCCACUGGAUGAGUGGCUCAUCGGAUCCUCAGCAUUCAGGCCAAACUGGCGCUCCGGCAUGUCGUGGGGAGACGCGGCCAAAGAAGAAGGGUUUUGUGGUUAGACUGGAGAAACUGGAAAGAACUGAGUCCUGGACAGGGGAGCUCACACUCCAUGGCGCGUUCCAAGAUCCAUUUCAUGAUGGACUGGCACUUGUAACUUCUGACAUUGCCCCCGCCUCCCCAUCCACCCUGGCAACUGGUGCUCACCUGCUGGAAAGGCUGGGGCACGGCAUCUACCUGCAGAGGCACUCUGACACCUGCAUGACAGCCGAGGCAGACACGUUUUCAGAGACGCUCAGAAACUUGCAAGCACAUGUAGACCCAGAGGUUCAUGCAGAAGCUUUCUCAAACCCAGACAACUGUGGAAUCAUGGAAAUCAGCAAUCACAGUGAUUCUAUAGACUCAGAACUCUCUAAAGCUCUCACAGUAGAGGCCAUGAACACAACUUCACCUCAGACUUUGCCUUUGGCGAUUGGCAAUCAUCCUGCAACUACCAAUCCGCUGGAGGCCCCCGCAGCCCGGACUGCGGAGUUUGACACGCCCUCAAACUACGCUCCACUCCCCUCUGGCCCUAACCCAAUAACGGUGCCUUCUUCUCUACCCGUAGAGACAGAGAAGAAGUAUGCACUCCGCAGCUCUGGGCGUCCUCGCUUCCCCUUGCACUUGCGUAAAUCCUCUCGGCUGCAUCGAAGCAUUGAGGAUGGGGGGAAAGGAUCAGGCAGGGACAGGGGAAGAGAAGAGGAGGAAACAUUAGAGGAGAAGAUCUGGAUGGUUAAAGAGGACGAAAUCACUGCAGAUGCUAAAGAAGAGCGGUCUUCUGUGGAGGCUGUUCUACCUGCACCUACUUGCCAUACAGAUAUGCCUCUUACUCCGAGUGAACCUAAGCCUGCUCCCAAACCUCUACUUAAGCCUGGGCCCAGACUUGGGCACAGACCUGGACCUAAAUCCAGGUGUAAGCCUCCGCUGAAAUAUGUGCACAAAGCAGCUCCUAAGAGUAUUUUAAAGCAACGUCUGGCAGCACAGGCCCUCCGCCAGAGUGCUGCCUCUCAUCUCACAUUUGAAUCGGCUCCACCUGCUCCUUUGUUGACUAUGAAGGAAGAAACUGGUGCAGGCAUGGGGCUCUGUCCUCCAAGUAACAGCAAAAAGGGCCGUUAUGUUGGUGUAAGGAAGAUUGUUGUAAAGGUGCCUCGCAUUCCUGUCAGCCUAAGUCGCCGACAGAAGAGCUACAAAAUUUCCAGUUUGGAAACAGUUAUGGGGACUGAGAAGACUAAUGACGGCAGUCCGGAGGGGUCUGAGGCGACACGAGAGCCAACAGCACUCCUCCGCAUGAAGAACAAUGGGAAAAGUGUGAUGGUCAUGUUUCCUCCUGGAGAGCUCCCUGUGAUUCUCAAACGCAGGCGGGGGCGACCUCCUAAACAGGCUUUACCGGGAAUACAGGUCGAAGUACCCAGUGCUGGGACUGCUGGGAUUACUGGAGACCAGCCCAAGAAGCCCAGGAGGCGACGUCGGACUAAACUCCCCUGUCCGUUUCCCUCCUACGUUAAUGACACAAAUGAUGUGAAAGCUGAAUAUGGGGAUGUUCUCUCCAAAUUGGCAUUUUUAAACCGCCAGCCCCCUGCCACUGGUCGCUGCUCCCCUCCUCGUUGCUGGACACCAAGUGAGCCAGAAAGCUUUCACACCCCCCUGGAAAAUCCUGGAAUAUCCACCCUGCUCCACAGGCUCACCGGGUCUAGGCGACCCAGAGGUGGCAGAGGAGGGGGGCUUGGCAGAGGUGGAGGAGCAGGAGGGGGCAUCAUGGGCAGUGAGUGCAAUAAAAGCACAUUCAGUGACUUCUUUGAAUCUAUUGGGAAAAAACGAAAACUGAACCUCCUGUCUCAGCAUGGAUUACCGAGGAAAAGACGGAAGGGUGUGGGAGGAGGAGUGGGUAGGGGAGGGGGCAUGGUGGGAACAGAGCCUGGGGGCGAGAAAAUUGUCAGACGGAGACGAAUGAGAAAAAAUGGUGCAUUUAAAGGGGAAGUGAUGUCCAUGGGGCAGGACUGGCCCAAUGGGACAGGUGGAUGGGACGAGGAGGGGGCUAUGGAUAAGGAAAGAGCUUUGGGUGGGUAUCAAAUCUGUGGAUCUUCAAGGGGGGGCUUCUCCAGCUGUAAUGUUGGACGAGGAGGGGCCUACAGUGGUCCAGCUGGAAGCAAAGGGGGUGGGCUAGCAGGAGAGGACUCACAAGGACUAUUUGCUGGGUAUUUUCGAUCCCUCCUCGAUUCUGAUGACUCCUCAGACCUCCUGGACAUCUCCUCCCAGUCGGACCCCCGGAAAUCUUCAUCUUCUGCCUAUGAUCCAUCCAGCUCGGCGGCCUCUCACAGCUGGUCUCCUCCAUUCCCCAAGUGGAGCACUAAAGGAGCAAAUGCAGGGGUGGAAGGUUCAGCACAGGCACACUGCUCCUCUGCAAGACCCCCUUAUAGCUAUGGAAGCUUAGCCCAAGUAUCUCCCACCACCUCUACGUAUCCUAAAUCCACACCGCCAUCUCUUUCACACUCUCCCAGCUCCCCCCACCCAGCCUCUUAUGGUCACUACCCUUCUGGUUACUCCUGCUCUCCACCCGUAGGGCCACAGAGGUCCUCUGACUGCAGCUUUGGAUAUGGUGGCAAAGGGACACCUGCCAAUCAGAUAGGUUAUUUGAACUACCAGGGAGCAGCCAAGCGAGGCUUCAGUGGCUAUCCAGCAGUAAGCCAUUCCUCCAUGGGGAGAGGGGAGUCAGCAGGACCCACAUCACCUGGAGGAGGGUACAUGUCUGUGGCCAAAGGGAGCCCUUUCAGCUCCUCUGCCACAGAGGGCUACAAACAGUACAACUCCAACCAGUGGAGCUGCAGGCAAGCUUUUGGUCUUUGGUCAGCAGACAACUUUGGGUCUCAGUAUCAUGGCUAUAGUGAAUAUGGCUCCAAUGAGUCCAAAGACAUCUUGGAUAUCUCAAACUACACCCCCCAGAAGGCUAAGCGACCACCGUUUCCUGAGAGCCUGUCAGAAUCCUCCUCGGACUCUUCACACGUUGGCUCAACAGCGCCUGUUAUCGGACCCAGCUCCACUGGAGGCAGCUAUAGGCAGAACGAGGCUGCCUCUGUGAGUGCAGGCCAAUCGAGUCUGUCCAGCCUGGAGAAACUAAUGAUGGACUGGCAUGAGAGUGCUUCAGGACCGUCAUACAACUGGAGCCAGGAUGUCCUUUUCCAAGGUGGGGGGACGAGCAAACCCGGCCGUGGUCGCAGAAAACGGACUGAACUGCAUUUAGAAAAGGAAGGAGGUUCUGCCUUACAUUCGGAUUCACCGUCUAGUCCUUCCCCGACACCCGCUCCAGGACCUAAGCGGGGAGGGGCUGGAGGACGGGGAAGAGGCUCCAGAGGAGGUAGAGGAGGACUAUCUUCAUGUCAGAGAGAGCGUCCAACUGGGUCCAAAGGCAGAGGCAAGAUGGCCUCUGUGUCAGGAGCAGGACUGAUGGUGUCAGCUGGAGGUCCAGAGGGUUCUGGGUUGUUCCAGGAGGGGCUGGAUUAUUACAGUGGAGACAGUAGCAGUCUUUCUCCACUGGCCACACCUAAUCCUGCUCCACCUUCCAGCUACCUCCAGGAUACCUGUGAGUACCCCUCCCCUUACUCAGCCCAUCCUUCCACUCCGUCCUCUGAAGAGCGAUAUCCAGCCUUAUACCCUGGUGAAUCCUCCUCUUCCCUCUCACCCAGUGUGUCGUCUCCCCCUUACCCCCCCAAGCCCACCCCUCCUCCGACCCAGCCCUACCACCUUCUCCCAUCCAGGACCUUUUCCCCCUCUUGCUCCCCCUCGCCACGUUUGACCCCCCACUGCGGCACAGCGCUCAGCCCAUCGAACCGACCUCCUCCGAAAGACCCCCAAUUCUCCCAGUAUGACUCCCCCAGCUACUGCAGCUCUCCUUAUUGGUACGGACAGACAUCACACAGCGGCAGCCCCAGUCCGCACUCAAACACAACUGUGCACGCCCACAGCAAUCCACACGCAAGUCCUCAUGGAAAUGCACAUGCUAACUCCCUCGCUAGCCCAACUGUAAACACGCACACACACAUGAGUGACACACAACACCAGAGCCACACAAAUCUGAGCUCACACACCAGCACUCAUCCAGCCUCACACCUCCAAAGCAGUCAGCCCCACCUUAACGCUCACCUGCCCGCCCUCGCACACCCCAACCCCAGCCCUGGCCUGCUCUCCCACUCAACACCUGGGCUUUUUGAGGAGCGCAGCCCUUCCUCUGCCAUGGCCCCCCACAAGCGGGAUUUGGUCCCUCACAGCAUGAGCACAGGCCUUCGCCAGGGUCCCCUCCCUCAUUCCCCUUAUUCCAAGCCUCCUCUAGACGCCUCACCCCAUCAGGAGGACACCAGUGGCUACACCCUGCCCCAGCAAUCCUACCAGGGCGUGGGACACCGCUAUCCCCCCCAGACCGCUCAGGGUGGAGGGGUGUUGUGCCAGCUGCUGGACCCAGCCAGUGAUGACAGCUUCAGUGUCACCAGCCUGUAACAGCAGGUUCGAGUCAAGCUUUUACAGAUUUGCAAACAUAUUUUUUAAAGGGAACUUCUUUGUGAGAGACUGAACUGAAGGGUGAGAAUUUAGCUGCCAGCCUUGGACAGUAAAGCUUUAAUUCUCCAGCACUGACAAUCAAGAUCAACCCAUGAAACUCAAGCAUGCACGUAUACGAAAACACGCGCACACUCGCGGCACUCUCUCAGACAGACACGCACACAGGCAAAUGAGGAAAAAAAAAAACCCACACACACACACACCCACACACAGAAACGCAUGUGCAGAUUAGAUCACUACCUAACCAUGAUCAUACGUGAGCACUCUGUCCUGGACCGAGAGGGAACGGCCAAGAGGAAUCUGACAGACAAAGUCCAGACGGCGGUGGACAGAGAUGAAACUAUAUCCCCAUCCCUUUGGGUCCUUCUGUGACACAUGCAGUAUCUCGCCGACUCCUUUUCCAUUUCUGUUCUGCAGUAUAGACAAAUUAGGAUCACUCUGCUUUCUCUCUCUCUCUCUCUCUUUCUUUCUCUCCGUUUCGCUCUUUCUGCUCCUGUCUCCAAAACUUCUCCAUUUACCGCUAAAGCCAGCUGCAAUGUUCUGCACUCAAACCACUCAACUGUCUUGUGCCGCAACCUGAGCCGCAUCUGAGCCCAAAAAUCGACUUUUUCCUUCUUCUUCUUUUUUUUUUUUUUUUUAAAUACCAUGAGCCUAGCCAAACGUCCCGCUCUGUGCACUUCUUCUUGAUGUUUGUGUCCCAUAAGAGAAAAAGCAGACUAAAUCAGUUUCUGCUCUUCAAAUACCAGCAUCUGUACAUACGACUUCAGCUCCAAGACCGCGGGGAGGAUGGUGGCAGAAUGGGGGUGGGGGAGCCAUUAUCAACUUUCCUCUCGUCUGCGUCUUACCGUGAUUUCUCUGCUCUGAUAGGGAGGGGAGAAGAGAAGUAGGAGGAGGACUGCAGCUUGGAGACUCAACAUCCUGUGUUUUGCUGUUUUAACUACAAGGGAAAGAGACACUGAAAUUACACAAUGGCCCCAAAGAGACUUGUUUUUUUUUUUGUGCGUGUGUGUGUGUGUGUGGACUCCAGACAGGGGAUGGAUUUGCGUGACUGCAGUGAUGCAUGUAUUUGUGAGUUUGUUUGAUUUUUUUCCUGAAUGCGUGUGUGUGGGUGCGUGUAUGCGUGUGUGUGUGUGUGUGUGUGUGCCUGUGGGGUCUAAAGGAUUGAGGCUCCAGAGAUGACAAAAUCUUGGUGGGGCCUCAUUUCUUUCUUUCUUUCACUCUCUCCCUUCUUUUUUUCGUGGUCUUGUGUUGUUUGGUGGUUUUUGUGCUGCAAAAAAAAAAAAGAAUUGUAUAUCUGUCUGUUACAUAUCAUGUAUGUAUCUGAGGUGCAAAAUAUUUAAAUACACAUUACGUUCUUGCCAUUGGUAAACUUGUCUGUCUCGUGCAGUUUCUUCAGCAGAUAAGAGGAGGUGUUUUGCGUGUGAUUUGAGAGCCUUUGUAAGCGCCGGGCUUUGCCUGCAACUGUGAGGGAAGGAGUUCAAACAAGGACACGAUUCGACGGGGAGUAAAAAAAAAGAGGGGAGGAGAGGAAUGAGUGAUGAGGAGAGUAAUGCGGGAUGUGCUGGUAGCUGGAAAGGAACCAGACGGAGACAAAAAAAACUAAAAAAUGCAGAAGAGGGUUUAAAUGGGUUUAAAAAUAUAUAAAAAAAUAUAUAAAUAUCCCUGCUGUAAGACUUAAAGAAGAAACUGUAAAAAGGGUCAAUCAAAAAAAGAAAAGAAAAAAAAAGGGGUGGGGGGAAGCAUGUUUAGAAGGUAACUUGCUGAUGGACAGAAAUAUUGUAAAUCCACAGCUUGUGUGUACGCGUGUGCCAGACGGACGCGCAGAGUGACAGCGAGUGAAAGCAGAUGGGGGAAGUUUACGGGCCGCAGAUUGUGUACAGUUUGUCAACAGGCUGAUUAAAUAGACUCAGACAUGGCCGGAGGAAACGUGUUUGCUGUGACAUUCCACUGUAUGGCAGAGGGGGGACACGUUCUGUCAACAACGCGACAUGACAGACAGAACGGCUGGGAGGAGGGGGGCGGGGCAUCUGCUCUUUCUUUCUCACUUUUAUGUUCUUCUAUGUUUGUAUAAAACAUUGACAUUUUAUCUGCAUUUAAAUAGCUGGUAAAGUCGCUGCUAACUGUAAUCCAUCUGUACCCUGAAGCUAAUCCACAUGGCGCUCUUUGUACAAUAUUUGGCUUCAAUAUAACAUUUUUACAUUUGAGGGCACUUUACUCUCUCCAUUGGUAUUCGGUAGUUCAGUUGGUUUACAUACUGUUGUAUUCCACAAAUUAUAGAAAUUUAUAACAGUAACUCAAUUUACUAAGCGUAGAGAUUAAUUACACAUCGAUAGACGUUUUAAAGCCAUUAUUUCUGUUAAUUAUUAUGAUUUUCUGCUAACAGCUAAUUAAAAUACAGCACUAAGAUUGCUUUACACCAAACCAACAAAAAAUAUUCUUUAAACAGAAAUGUGGGCUUGAUGUUGCAAAGUAGGUUUAAUACCUGAUUAAAGGUUGUUAUUUCAGAACGCACUUUCUAAUUUACUGAAACUUUCUAAUGCCAAUUUUCAGUGAAUAUUAUCCGAAGGCAGUGGAAAACACAAGUAGAUCUAAUUCAUGUCCAGCUAUAAGGAAUCAAUUCGGUGUAAAUUCAGACCUGAAUACAAGCAGUCAUAUGCAGUCACAUUCAGAUGACCAUUUAAACAAAAUUGGUAAAAAGUUGCCAACUAUGUGAGACGUUGCCUUUGCAGGGUUCUUUAAUCCUGAGCAAGCAAGUGGUCAUAGUGGAAAUGAAACAAUCCUUUUUAACAGGAAGAAACCUCCAGCACAACUAACGUCAGUGGGUGCAGCCAUCUGCUGCCAAAUAUGGAAACACUGAACCAGGGGUACCUUUUAUGAGACAAAGAGAGUACACAGGGCUAAUGGCAGCAAUUUUAAAUUAGCUGAUGCUGCGCAAAAAUGAAUGCAUCUCUCUUGACAAAUUUCACAACCAAUAAACGUUGCACACGACAGCAUUUGCAACAGGAUAACAAAUGUUUAUGAGAAAGGUUAAAAAGAAAAAAGGUUUUCAAAGCUGGCAAGAACCCAAUAUUCCUACGUGGCGCCGUCCUUCAGACUAACUAGAACAAAAAAAACAGUUUUAAGUGCUUAAAUUAAAACCACAAUAAACAAGACUCAACUGGUGAGACACUUGGGGACAAAGAAGCAGUUGGAUGAAUAUUUGGUGUUUUAGUCCAAAAAAAAAAAUCAAACUAAGAUACAAAUAUCUAACUUGAGUGUUACAAUGAUUGGUAAGCAUUAGAUAUCUUGAUUAAAAAAAUACUUUAACAUUUUAAGGAGGUUUCUUUUAUAAAAUCCAGAUAAACAGAGAAUGCCACAGAACUGAAAAUAGCCCCCAAAAAUUUGGAGUUUCUACAAUCAUCUAGAUUGCUGAAACCUAAAAGAUGAGGCAGUUUCUUGACCAAAGCUCUUCGUCCUUCUGGCUCAUCAUUUCUCAACACAAAGAAUCACAAAGCAGCAAUGGCUGAAACUCUGCUCAAAGUUCACUGCGAAGAUUACAAAGAACCUGGCAAACUCAACAGCGGCGUAGCCAUUUAGAUAUUUCCAUUACGGAUGCUCUAUGAGUAAAAUGUGCCCCAUCUUAUUCUUGUUCAGAAUAAAAUGGGGCAUCUUUGCUUAUAAAAUGAGGAAGAUGGAUAUUUUUCUUCAGUUAGGCUACUUCCUAAAUGAAUUUCUUAGUGAUAUAAUAAAGAUGGGACACAGUAACUGAGAGGCAUCAUCAUUCAAACAUAAACUGAAAUAUUUAUGGCAUAGGUUAUAAAUAUGAAAAGAAAGAAAACGACAGCACCAAAGCAUUUAUAGCAGCAAAUGCAAAUUAAAAAUCAGCCCGAGCUUAUGUGGUUGAAUGAAAAAUGGGCCAAUGUGAAGCUAUUUGUAAAAAUAAAAUACUUUCAUCCAUAAAUAAAGAAAAACUUUAAAAGAUCUUAAGAAAGCCAGCAAGAAAAUAUAGUCAUUCAAAUAUUAAUAUUGAGAAAAUAGAAUAUAAGCGACUACAGUCAGUGGACUUUACUGUAGCUACGCUAUGGCAGUUCUGUCUGAGAUACGCUUUUCAACAAAAUUAAUCUUUAUCUUUUAAAUGUGAAUCCUGUGUAAGUAUGUGUGUUUUUUCUUUUCUCAUCACCUGACAGAAAACUAUUUUUCUUUGCCUACAUUUGGUACUUGUUGACAGUUGUUAGAUAAAUAAAGUAGCUUUUUAAGGGGACCACUGCUGACUGAA